AUGGUAACAACUGCUGUAAACUAUAGGUUCAUGAAGCUAUCAACAGCUGUAGUCGUUUCGAACUGUUGCCAGUUAAAACAAUCAGAAAGGUGUAGCUUUUUACAAGACAUCAGCUGCAAUUUGACUUUUACAUUUUGUUCAUCACAGAUUGUUUACAACUUAAAUAUUCUAUGGUUCCAUGAAGGUGAUUUGAUUCACCCAAAUGAGGGCUUUACGACUACUCCUGCCAAUUUCGUUGUUCCGGUAACGUCAGAAUGUAUACAACAUGUUAAUACAGUAUUAGUUUUCCCGGUAUCAUUUCUGCCAAGUGAUUACGGGAACUAUACUGCAAAAGUUACGGGAAGAGCAGGAGAAGUAACCCAAUGCUCAACAACUGUGUGUGAAGGCUGCAGAAUUCGACAACAACUCUGCCAGAAAAAGAAGAAUAACGACAUAACAAUUCCCGUAAAAGAAAGAAAAGACAUCGGGAAAAACCUGUAUAUCUUUAUAACUGUUGGUGUCGCUACUUUUGUUCUUAUUAUUACAUUUACCACAGUGAUUGUACAUUGCAAGAAAAGAGAAAGAAGAAAAAGAAACAGAGCGGUGAGGCAGAAUCAGCUAGAAUCAGAAACAAAUAUAUCUACAGAUGACCUUUCAAAUCACACAUACGCCUCCGUAGAAUUAAGUGUUCCAAGGUACAUGGAAUUACAGGAAACAAAUUUAAGCAAUCAUUGUUAUAUGAACCACACAGAUCAGAACAGAACUACAUUUGAUGAUUUCUCUAUUAACAAUGGGCUAUCAACAGAAGACGUACACUAUGAAAGGCCUUUUGUACCAGCACAUGUUUCCGCAACCGCUAGACUACCGAUUAAUAACCAAGAAAACGUUACAGAAGACAAUAUUCUAGGACGCAUUGCACGUUUAGAUGGAAGUCAUUUAGUAUCUAGUCCAGAACAAACCCAACGACAACGUAUCCAGGAUGUUAAAGUGAACGACUAUCAAAAUGUAAGAAGAAUAAAGAGAUUGUCUUGACAAAAAGGUCCUUCACAAGCUGUACAUACGUUAUAACUGAUAGUGUACAUACAUUAUAAGUGAUGGUAUACAUACGUUAUAAGUGAUAGUGUACAUACAUUAUAAGUGAUGGUAUACAUACGUUAUAAGUGAUGGUGUACAUACAUUAUAAGUGAUGGUAUACAUACGUUAUAAGUGAUGGUGUACAUACGUUAUAAGUGAUGGUGUACAUACGUUAUAAGUGAUGGGGUAAAUACGUUGUAAGUGAUUGUAUACAAUCGUUAUAUGGGAUGGUAAACAUAUGUUAUAAGAAAUAGUAUACAUACGUUAUAAGUGAGGUGCACAUACAUUAUAAAGGAUGAUAAACAUACGUUAUAAGGGAUGGUAUACAUACGUUAUAAAUGAUGGUAAACAUACGUUAUAAGUGAUGGUAUACAUAUGUUUUAAAUGAUGCUGUACAUACGUUAAAAAGGAUGGUGAACAUAUGUUUUAACGGAUGGUUUAUUAACGUUAUAAGGGAUGGUGUACAUACGUUAUAAGGGAUGGUGUCAAUACGUUAAAAGAUAUGGUUUACAUACGUUAUAUUGGAUAGUGUAUAUACGUUAUAAUGAAAGGUGUAUACACGUUAUAAGGGAUGGUGAACACAUACAUUAUAAGGGGAGAUGCACAUUGUUAUUGUUAUAAGAUAUCGUUCUCUUCUUGGACCUUCUUAAAACGAGAAAUUGACUUGUCAUAAAGUAAAUAUCAGAUUUAACCCAAACUGAUCCGGUUUUUUGUAGCUUUAAAGUUUUUUCAUUCCUCAACAUUUCGAAUUUAUCAUAAAAAUAUGAAGAAUAUAAUGGACUUCAAAUUCAAUCAAUACAACAAUAUGUUCAAACAAUCAAAGAUACAAACAAUCAAACAAAGACUACAACAAUAGUUUCAAAGGUUAUACUUGUUUUUUAAUUCAAAAUGAGUUUGCAGCCUUGAUUAUGAAAUAUAAAGCAUUUAACCAAACACACACUUGAUUCACGUGAAAGUAAAAAUCAUUAGUUUUGUAUCCAUAAAGGACAGCUAUCUAUUAAGGGGUUCUCCUUGAAUGAUUUACCGCAUUAUAAAAAAUAAAUCGACAAAUUUUGUUUUGGUUUUCUUGAGCAGCAACAUACCGGCCUACAACAAGUUACAGUUAAUUACAAAAAAUGGUAAUAAAUAAUGUUUUCCAAAAGUUAAACGGAUAAAAGAAUUCAGUUAGGAAACGUCAUAUUAUGAAGAUAUAUUUCUUCCUCAUUCUUGUCAGAAUAUUAUCUGACAUGUCGACUUAAAUAUUUGACCAGUAAACACCUAACAAGAAUUUGGAAUACAGAAAAACUGAUUUUGAUCCGAAGAAGGAAUUGACAGUAUUUAGGGACGAAAAUCUAUAGAUUACAAUGGCAAUACGCAAUUCUAUAUAAAAAUAACACGUAAAAGUUGCUUUUUAAA